AUUUCAUAGGUGUAUGCUUGUUGGUGAAGGCAUAUACCAAAAUCAUCAAAAAUGAAAAAAGUUGGUGGUGAGAGAAAAACAGAUACAUCUCUUGAAUCUGAGGAAAAUUCAAUGGAGGAGAAAAUGGAGGAGAAAAAUGAAACUGAAAAUAACAAUGUACAUAUGAUAAACACAGAUAAAUGGUCGCCGCUUAUACGAUUUUUCAGGAAGCAGUUUGGAUUUAAAAAGGAACCAGGAUUACUUCGUAAUCUGUUGGAGAGGAAUGUGGCUCGGGAAAUGAUGGUAGUUGAACCUAAGGCGUCUACUAGCGCAUAUGAUAGAAACCACCCAAGAAAUGUGGACCAGGAAGUGGUGAUUGUUGAACCUGAGGCGUCUACUAGUGCAUAUGAUAGGAACCACCCAAGAAAUGUGGACCAGGAAGUGGUUAUUGUUGAACCUGAGGCGUCCACUAGCACAUAUGAUAGAAACCACCCAAGAAAAGUGGAUCAGGAAGUGGUGAUUGUUGAACCUGAGGCGUCUACUAGUGCAUAUGAUAGAAACCACCCAAGAAAUGUGGACCAGGAAGUGGUUAUUGUUGAACCUAAGGCGUCUACUAGCGCAUAUGAUAGAAACCACCCAAGAAAUGUGGACCAGGAAGUGGUGAUUGUUGAACCUGAGGCGUCCACUAGCGCAUAUGAUAGAAACCACCCAAGAAAUGUGGAUCAGGAAGUGGUGUUUGUUGAACCUGAGGCGUCCACUAGCGCAUUUGAUAGAAACCACCCAAUAAAUGUGGAUCAGGAUGUGGUGAUUGUUGAACCUAAGGCGUCUACUAGCGGAUAUGAUAGGAACCACCCAAGAAAUGUGGACCAGGAAGUGGUGAUUGUUGAACCUGAGGCGUCUACCAGCGUAUAUGGUAGAAACUACCCAAAAAAUGAAACCCAGGAAGUGGUGAUUAUUGAACCUGAGGAAUCUACCAGGUCAUAUAAUAGAAACUACUCAAGAAAUGAGCCCCAGGAAGUGGUGAUUGUUAAAUCUGAGCCUUCUACUAACGCAUAUGGUAGAAACUACCCAAGAAAUGAGACCACCCAGGACGUGGUGAUUGUUGAACCUGAGGAUUCUAGUAGCGCAUAUAGUAAAAACUACCCAAGAAAUAAGGGCCAGGAAGUGGUGGAAGUUGAAUCUGACGCGUCUACUAGCGCAUAUGAUAGAAACUAUCCAAGAAAUAAGGCCCAGGAAGUGGUGGGAGUUGAACGUGAGGCGGCUACCAGCGUAUAUAGUAGAAACUACCCAGGAAAUAAGGCCCAGGAAGUGAUGGGGCCUAGAGUAUAUAGCGGAAACUACCCAAGAAAUAUAGCUGAGGAAAUGGUAGAUAUGAACCUCCUAUAUAAAGUCUUGUAUUCGUACAUGAAGCUUCAUUAAAAAUGGAAUAAUUAUUAUUCAUUUAAUUGUUCUUUUUCUAAAUUUUUC